AUGUCGGCUCGCAGCUUUGCCGCGCUGGGGCAAGGGAGAAGACUACGAGGAAAAGCGUUCUACAACGUCAAUGGCAAGGUGUACUGUGAAGAAGACUUCCUAUAUUCAGGUUUUCAGCAAACGGCGGACAAGUGCUUUGUUUGUGGACACCUCAUAAUGGAAAUGAUCUUACAGGCCCUUGGAAAGUCAUACCAUCCUGGCUGCUUCCGCUGCGUGGUGUGUAACGAGUGUUUGGAUGGAGUCCCCUUCACUGUAGAUGUGGAGAACAAUAUUUACUGUGUCAAAGACUACCAUACGGUUUUUGCACCAAAAUGCGCUUCCUGUAACCAGCCGAUCCUACCAGCACAGGGCUCCGAGGAGACCAUUCGGGUGGUGUCAAUGGACAAAGACUACCACGUGGAGUGCUAUCACUGCGAGGAUUGUGGCUUGCAGCUCAAUGACGAGGAAGGCCAUCGUUGUUACCCAUUAGAGGGCCACUUGCUCUGCCACGGCUGUCAUAUCAGGCGCCUUAAUAUUAAACUGCCAUCACAUCCACCUCCGAGCUAUCCAAUGCAUGUCACAGAACUCUGA